AUUGUGAUUUGGAAGAAACUAUUAGAGGAAGACAUCCCUCCUUACUUGGACCAUUUUGAAAAACUCCUCAAGAAGAAUGAAGCAAACGGUGUAUUUGUCGGUGAUCAGGUAACAUACUGCGACUUUGGAAUAGCUAUUACCUUCCACGCCAUCUCUCAUCGUAUGCCAGCACUACUUGAUAACCACCCUCUGCUGAAGGCUCACAUGGAGAAAAUCAUGGCUAUCCCAACUGUCAGCGAGUAUGCAGAAAAACGUGCACAAAAUAAGUGAUCACACUCUUAAACUUAUGUAACUGCACAGUGAAUGAUAAAUACUUGCUGAAAAGAACACAUGAAUGUUUUGAAACUAAUUUAUCCAAUAUCAAGAAUUCUAAUGGUUUGUUCCAUUUACUGUGGUUUUCACUAACUGCUACACACAAUACUGUAUUCUCACAUUACUAAAAUAUUUUUGAAUCUAUAAGUUCCAUCAUAAGUGCUCAAUGUUUAUGUUACAAACCACUGAUGUUGGAAUUUCUAGAUUCCAAAACAAAUGUUCAGAAAAAACCUGUUUAAAAUAGUUAAUAUGGUGCUACCAUUUCUAAUUAGGCUCUGGUUUACAUCUAAUGAACAACAUCCUUUUGGAAAAUGUUGUUACAGUGAAACAAUGUGCAAGGAAAACAAUCCAUGCAUUAACCAUUCCAGUUCUGUAAAAAAUAAAAAUGAAGAUAUUUACAUUUACUUCUAAACUCCUGAAUCCAUCUUAAGCCUUCAUAAAACCCCAAAAAAAGUUCUAAUUCAAAAUUAAAUUUUUCUAUGAAUAUGAAGUAACAUAUUAACAGAAACAACAGACCAAAAACGUGCUUAUAAUAGAUAUCUUUAUUUGAACUCAUAUCACAAAAUUAUACUUUCAAACUGGGCAUUAAGAUUCAUAAUAUUUCACCUGAAACAACAAAACAAGUUAUUGUAAUUAACAGGGUUGAAGUUAAUGAACCCUGUGAUUAUGUUAUAAUUAUGGUACCAGUAAUUUCAAACUUGAAUAUUGUACAAAACAUAUCUGACUGGUUAAUAAAA